AUGGUUCCCAAGGACAGCCCCUUCGCAGAUCCUACAGCGUCCCUACGGAGAUUCGCAGAUCCCAGACUGCAGCAACUCAUCGAGCGCUACGACAUUCAUGAGAACUCCUUCCACCUACACGUGAACCUUGUGGAGACGCACUUCUGUGAAGACCCGCUUCAAUCAAAGCCAAUCAGCUCUCAAAUUGCCGCUUUCGGUUCCGUGCGGGUGACCCUCCACAACCUCAACUUCAGCCAUUAUCCUCUUCAUCUCCGAAGUGCGUGUAAUUUUGACGGAAGCCUUGUUUUGACAAAUCCUUGUGUUGUCGGCUGUUAUAUUUUGCAAAUCCACGGCUGCUCGCAGUCUUAG